AUUCUUAAAAGGUCCCCCCUCCAAUGUGCUCACUUCCCCCCAAGGGGAACGCGUACCCCCAGUUGGGUAGCUUGCUUUACACAAUAUUACAAUGUAAUCAUGGGCGUAUUCUUGGCACGUUUGACUGACGGCAUUGCCUCAAAAUACAUUUUAGACAGAUAGAUAUCGAUUUUUACAUUAUUUAGCCUUUACAUUUUGUAAUUUGUUGCUUUUGAAAUGCGCUAAAUAAGUAAAGAAAGCUGCCUUGCCUCGGUGAGUUGUGUGGCUUGACCAAACUUGCAGCAUGCUCCGCCCCCUCCGUUCUUCUACGUGUUGGGACUUGGUGUCUUUAACUUACAAGCAUCCCGGAGAGAGGAGGGGGGGAAAAAAGUGAAGCCCUUCAACCCUUUUUUGGGGGGGUCGUUCGGUAAAAUUAAGUAGCCUCACAGCUAACGUUGGUCUGUCAGCGUUUUUCAAGACGUCAAUCGGACGUCAGUCUGUUUUUUUUUCGUUCGCCGUGUGGAUGAAGUUACGCGUGGAAAGCGAAUGAUCUUUAAAGCAGGAGCUGCUUAGAUCUUACGAGGGAGUUGUCGGAUAUCUGAUAAGGUUUCUGCUCUACUUUUUCCCCCCCGGUUCAACGCACGGAUUACAGAAAGGUUUUUGUCUGCGUCGCAAACUCAAUCGGGUUACCCCCAAGAUCACUCUGUUGGGAAUGUUCGGUGGUUGUUGAGCAGUUCAAAGAGAGAGAAGGAACCUUGGUGUGAGAAUGGCGCUGAAGGCCAGGGUGUUGUACGACUUCCAUUCGGAAAACCCAGGGGAGAUCUCCAUUAGCGAGAACGAGCUGGUGAGUCUGUUCAGCGAGGAGGAGCUGGAGGGUUGGUUGGAGGGCAAGAACAGCAGAGGGGACGUCGGCCUCAUCCCAGCCUCCUACGUGGAGAUCAUCAGGGACCGCAUCAGCUCCAACAACAACAACGGGUUCUCCUCCCCCAAAGUUGGGACCCCCACCCAUGCCUCCUAUCCCCAGCGAGGACCCGAGGCUGGGAGUGUUGGCAGCGGUGGGGGCAGCUUCCACACCAGCCAGGGGAGCGAUGACGACUGGGACGACGACUGGGAUGACAGUUCCCCGGCCACGGAGGCCCCGAGGAGUCUGGGCACCUCGCCCGCUUCCUUGUACCCGGUGACCACCACGCUGCCGGCCAGGCGCAGUAGCUCCCUGCAACCUCAAGCUAAGAGCUCAGCCACAGUGGGGAGGAACCUGAACCGGUUCUCCACUUUCGUCAAGUCUGGAGGAGAGGCCUUCCUUCUAGGGGAGGCGGCUGCUUUUGUCAAAGAUGGGGACAGGAUCUGCGUGGUGAUGGGCAAGCAUGGACCCGAAUGGCAGGAUGAUCCGUACCCCUUUACGUGCACCAUUGAUGACCCAACCAAGCAGACUAAGUUCAAAGGCAUGAAGAGCUACAUGUCCUAUGGCUUGACACCAACUCACACCAAUGUUCAAGUCAACCGCAGGUACAAACACUUCGACUGGCUGUACGCUCGGCUGGUGGAGCGUUUCCCGGUCAUCUCGGUGCCACACCUGCCGGAGAAGCAGGCCACCGGCCGCUUUGAGGAAGACUUCAUCUCCAAGCGAAGGAAAGGUCUUAUUUGGUGGAUGAACCAUAUGACCAGCCACCCUGUGCUGGCCCGCUGCGACGUCUUCCAGCAUUUCCUCACGUGCGGGACAGACGAAAAGGCCUGGAAACAGGGCAAGAGGAAGGCAGAGAGGGAUGAGCUAGUCGGGGCUAAUUUCUUCCUCACGAUCAGCACGCCCACCGUUCCGCUCGAUCUUCAGGAAGUGGAGAGCAAGAUCGAAGGCUUCAAAUCCUUCACCAAAAGGAUGGAUGAGAACAUUGUGGUCGUCAACACCACCAUCAAUGACUUUGCGCGCAAGCAGAUGUCAGGAUUCAAGAAGGAAUACCACAAGGUCGGACAAUCCUUCAAACUUCUCGCACAGGCAUUUGAGCUGGACCAGCAGGCCUACUCAGGCGGUCUGAAUAAAGCCAUCUCUUAUACCGGUGACGCCUACGAGGCCAUAGGGGAUUAUUUUGCAGAUCAGCCGCGCCAGGACCUGGACCCCAUUUCCGAUCUGCUGGAUCUCUACAGAGGACACCUGGCCAACUUUCCUGACAUCAUCCAUGUGCAGAAAGGUGCGCUGACCAAAGUGAAGGACUGUCCUGCGCAGGAGGGCGAGCUCCAUGACCGCUGCAACAUCAUCUCGUGCGCCACGCUGGCCGAGAUCCAGCACUUCCACCGCACACGCGUACGAGACUUCCGAGCGCAGAUGCAGCACCACCUCAGGCAGCAGAUUGGCUUCUUCCAGAAAAUCACAUCCAAGCUGGAGGACGCGCUCCAGAGGUAUGACAGCGAGCAGUAGGAUAUGAAAAGAAUUUGGGAGUGGAAGGGGAAUAAAAGUCUAUUAAGUUGUAAUAGACUGAAGAACAGACGAAUGACUGAUAAGUUUCAGUGAUGGAGUACAUAUCCUCAAAAUACAUGUACGCGCUUGAAAUCAUGAAUCCUGGACCAUUAUGAAAAACAAAUAUGACUGUGGAUAUUUGAGAAACAAGAACGGGGCAAGGAUUUUUUUGGGGGGGGCGAUGAUCCAUACGCAUUUGAAAAAUCAGCGGGAUUUGCAAUGUUUUUACGGUGGCGGCUGCAAGCGCUCGGCUGCUGUCUGCAUUAUCCUUCAAACUGGAUAUUUUAAAGGGAAAAGCACCCCAAAAAUUGUAUUCACAGUUGUAUGUUGUCUGCACUUCCACUCAUCUGCAUGUAACUUAUUAUUGUAAGGAAAAUUUGGGGCUUGGCUUCCCCUUUAAGCAUGAAAAGACUCUUUAAAAUCUUUUUUCUUUAUAUGGAGUGCAAAGGUGAACGUACUGCAGGACGCCAUUUCCAUGAAACAUUGUGGAGGAAAGGGCACGUUGAUUAUACAGGCAGACAUUUUGUGCUUCCACGGACCAAUAAGUAGCCCGACUAAGAUGGAGAAAUAUAAAUGUGUCACUCGAUGAUUUUUGUUUUUGCAUCUUUUCGUUGUUGACGUUUGAGUCAUUAUGCAAUGGUAAGAUGCUUCACAUAUACCAUCCUUCUUGAACCAUAAAAAAAAAAAUGUUAUGGUGGAAAUCACCUGUACCCGCUGCUGUGGUGGUCUUGUGAUUUCAUGUCUUGACUUCUGCGCGGGAAGUCUGGGUUCAAUUCCCUCUCCAGCUUCCCGCAACCUUGAACUGGAUAAAUGCGAGUGAGAAUAAAUGGAUGGAUGGAAAUCAUGUCAAGUGAUCUGCCAUUAUUCAAAUCUCUGUUGCGUAACAUCGCUGUUCAAUGAAAAAAAAUGCAUUCAGCAUAUUUUUCAGAAAAAAUUAAAUUUUGGAGAUGUGCCAUUGGCCAGUGAUAACAUUUUACUUCCUUUGACUGAAACAAAGCAUGCUAAGACUGACUGCCUGUUUGAGAAAGCUGAUAAGCUGUGCGAGGUUGAGGUCGAAUUAUAUUAUUUGUCUUUUACUCACACCAGUAAGGUCGGGGUGGCAAGAGUAUUAAAGAAAGUUUUGUUUCAACUUUAUUCUGCAAGAAUCCAGUCAAACAUUCAGUGUGUUCUUUUAAUAACUGAUACUAUUGUUGAUGCCUCUGACAUUCUUUCCGUUGAACGCUGUAUUGACGUUUCAGGUUUUGUUUUACCGUGCCUGUUCAUGAACCCAGUGAUGUUUGUUAAAGGGCAAUUGUCAUUGUUCAUGGGGUGCAUAUUUGUUCAUUGUAUUACAACAGGACAGUAUUUCCAUAAAUAAAUGGAUAUAGGACAUAGUUCAA